CAUACAUAACACUUAAAACUAUUGAAAAUACAUAUCUAACACCAAAACAUUAAUAUUUACGUAUCUACCACUCCGUUACUCAUGCCGUCACAUCCCGUCGGGGAAGAAGAGAACUGGGGAAAUACAUGGAAGUGAUGAUGCCGGUUCAAGAGUUCCACUUCUAAAGCGUGACGACUACGCCGUACAUGAGCGCGCCGUCGAGCCAAAAACACUUCGGCGUAGAUCCCAUGGAAUUCUACUACCCCUACGCCGGCGCCCCAAAUAGCCCCAACGCCGCCGGAGUUGAAGACGACUUUGCCUUCGACUUCAGCGGCCAUCUCGAGAAGAACGCGCAGCCGCCGGCGUUAACAUCAGCCGACGAAUUAUUCGACCAAGGCAAAAUCCGACCCCUCAGACCCCCUCCCCGUCUAUGCUCUCCGCAUGACCCCUUCGCCGCAACCAUAAACAGGAGAAGAAAUAGUACUCCUUACUCUGCCUUUUCGCCCUCCAUUUCCCAUUCCCAAAGCCCAAAAAAAAAUCGAGAUCUUUAUCUCCUCUUAGAGCUGGAAAAGGAAGUACGAAUCACUUCCAAACUCCAAUCUCCUCUCACCCUCCUCCAAUAGCAACGUCUCAUGCUCUUGCAAGGGCCGCGGAAGCGAUGGAAGUUGAAAGUGGCGUAUCAAGGACUUUCUACUCUUCCGCAGCGCGCCACAGGACACAGCAG